GGAUGAAGAUAAAUAGUGAGGGAAUUGUUACCGGUAUCUUUUCUUCAUUCCUCCAGAAAAGAGCAUCUCCACUGAUCAGAUGGAGUGUAAUUGUAAUUCCUCUCUGGGUCCUUUUUCCUCGACUUACUGGAGCAGAACAGUGCUUUUCCCUGAUUGGGCGUAUAAACCAGCGUGCUCUCCAGGCUCGCGGCAGGUGCAGUUGUGGCACUUCCUGUUGGAGCUGUUGGGGCGUGGCGAAGGCGGAGCUAUCACGUGGGGCAGCGAAUGGGGAGAGUUUGUAAUCAGAGACCCAGAGAGAUUGGCUAAACUGUGGGGGGAGAGGAAGGGCAAGCCACACAUGAAUUAUGACAAACUCAGCAGAGCUUUAAGGUAUUAUUAUAAUAAGCGAAUUUUGCACAAGACCAAAGGGAAACGUUUCACCUACAAGUUUAAUUUCAGCAAACUAGUCUUAGUGAAUUACCCAAGUUUUCCAACCUAUCCACAGAAUACAGCAUCUGUACCUUUCUCUGCCUUUCCUUCUCAUCUUUCCUUCUACAACCCUUCUAUUGACAGGGCUGUGCAGUCGAUUUCUCAUCCCCUCCUGCUGCCAUACAGCUUCCCCAAACCCCUCCCCUUUCCCCAGGCACAUCCAAUCCAAAGGCAAUUUCCCCUCUUUUCUGGACCGCCUUCUUCAGUGACUAACCUAUCGGAGCUCUCCUGCCAAUCACCGGUCAACUCCAAACUGCAGUUCACCCAAACUUUAAACUGGCCAGUCAAAAGCAGCACAGAGUGGCCUUUCAACCGAGUCAUGGGAUUACAAGAGAGGAUUAAAAGUGGAGCAGAAGACAAAAAACAUAACAAUGAUGAAGAAAACAAAAGAAAAUCCUGAAACUAUGCAUUAGAGGUUUUACUGGUUUUGUCAUACUUAUUUUUUUAAGUUUAUACAUUCUCACUGGAUUGGUUUAGAGCAAAGCACUUUAUAAAUUUGUCAAUGUACCUUAAUCCUUUCCUCGGGUCAUUUUGACCCGCAAAUCAUUUUAAAAUGAGUGUUCUUCAGAGUGGUAUAAAGACCUUAUUAGUUUUGUCACACUUGAAACUGGAAAACACACACAGAGUUUUUGUGGUUGUAAUAAUCAUUAAAAAAAGUAACUAAUCCUUCCCUUGCAGGUCAAUUUGAUCACUAUAGAAAUUAAUGGGGACAACGUUUUUGUUGUGUCAGAAAAAAUAAAAAAAAAAUAAAAAGUGCAC